AUGAACACCCGCGACGGGCGCUCCGCGAUCUUUUCCAACCGCCCCGAUCAACACGCAAGUCACAACAGUCAUUAUGAAACCGCCCUCACAACUUUACAAAACAACCAAGCGCUAGUGUACUUCUUUGUUGCGCUCAUCUCGAUUCCAAUCUUUCUUGGAUACCUCGGACUUGUUCCCAUAUCGCUAUUCCAGCUCCCCUGGGAACUCUUUGUCUAUUUUACACCCUCUCGAAUUGUAGUCACUUUGGAUCCUCGAACAUCUACCUCCGACCCUAACUCCCUAGCCUCGUUGCCUUUGUCCUCCCAGGAUAAAAGUGACGCGAUGAAACGGAUUCUUGGCUUAGACAACAACCCCUUCUUCUCCCGGUCAAGAUCACUCUCCAUCUUCGGAAAUGCGCUGCUAGGAAACACCAAAGGAGUCACACCCCCAGGGCUCGGAAACUGGAAUAACUCAUGUUUUCAGAACAGCAUAAUACAGGGAUUGGCUUCUUUAAAAUAUCUUUCUGAGUUUCUGGGACACAACGUGGACAAUCUCUCGGGUAAGGCUUCCGUCUCGACGCACAGGGCACUACUAGACCUCAUCGACCGUCUGAAUAGCGCCCCCAAAAGUGGAACCAAGCUGUGGAUCUCUGGGCCGCUCAAGUCCAUGAGUAGCUGGCAACAGCAAGAUGCGCAAGAGUAUUUUUCCAAGUUGCUCAAUCAAAUUGACCACGAGGCCGAGCUAUGCUCACGUGGAGAGACUUUGAACAUGGGAUUGAAAAUUGCAGGACCCGAUGAAAACAUUUUUCGAGACAGUGACUGUGACGACCCGGUGACACCCGGUGAACCCGAAUCGCUUCCAUCGACAGAUAAGCUUUAUCUUGAUAGGGUUUCAUCUUGUAAUCCUCUUGAAGGUCUACUUGCUCAACGGGUUGGGUGCAUGGAAUGCGGAUGGAGCGAGGGGCUUUCGUUGAUACCUUUCAAUUGCCUCACAGUUCCUCUGGGCAAAAGAUCUUCGUAUGAUGUUCGCGAAUGUUUGGACCAUUACAUGACCCUUGAGCCUAUUGAAGGCGUGGAAUGCUCGAAGUGCACGCUGUUGCAUCGACAGGAGCAGCUUGUCAAUUUGAUCAAGGGAUUCGAAGCCGAUGAUAGUCGGUCAGACAGCUCCGACGAACCUCAACCAUUUGAUGCUGUGAAACUGUCAGCCUACUCGCGGUUAGAGGCUGUCAAGACAGCUUUGGAUGGCAAUGAUUUCAGCGAAAAUACCUUGGCAAGUAAGUGCCAUAUCAAUUCAAAGAACCGAAUCUCAACCACAAAAUCUCGACAAGCUGUCAUAGCGCGGGCUCCCCGCUGUCUUGCCAUCCACAUCAACCGCAGUGUUUUCGACGAGUACACUGGGACGUUGGAGAAGAAUCUCGCAGCAGUCUCCUUUCCUCAAAUGAUCGAUUUGAACAAUUGGUGUCUUGGCACCCAAGCUCCCAACGAAUCUGGCGACAAUUCCGAGCAUUGGGAAACAAACCCCUCGCGGUCCAUGCUUCCGCAACCUGGGGAAUUAAUUCAUGUCCCUAGCAGACAAUAUCAAUUACGCGCAAUCAUCACCCAUUACGGUCGACAUGAGAAUGGGCACUAUAUUUGCUAUCGUAAGUAUCCGACAUCGGAAUUCACAGCCCCUGCACCGGACGAAAUCCUUCAAGCUGAGGGUGAUGAGGACAAGCCCGAACGUUGGUGGCGCCUCAGCGACGAUGACGUGCAGAUGGUUAGUGAGGGCCAUGUGAUGGCCCAAGGAGGUGCUUUUAUGCUGUUCUACGAAGCUAUGGAUGAUUCCUUCUCGCCGUGCUCGACUCGAUCUGCAACUCCAGAAAAUGACUUACACGACAGAUGCGCAGAGUCUAUUCGGGUUGGAAGUGAAGACUCAUGCAACCUAGCUAUGCCAAAUACCAUUUCAGCUCCAUCCACUGUCACCGACUUCGAAUCUACCACCUCCCGUGAAACCAGCAUCUCGUUGCCGAUGGAUGACUUCCUUCCUGUCGACCAGCCUUUGAAGAUCUCAACCGUGAUUGACACUGAUGCUGAACGGAAUGAUAAACUUGACUCACUCUCUACUAUCAUUGCAUGA